GACAUUUCUUUGUUCCAAUCUAUUAAGUAUUAAAUAGUGUAGUUGGAAAACUCACCCACCCUUCCAAAACAAAAAAAAAACCUCUAUGGAACUUCCUUUCCAUAACCAUUCCCCUAAAUUCAAAUCACUAUCCAAAUGUCCUCCUCCUCUUCCACCACCACCCAUCCACCACCUCCCUUCGGCAACGACGGUUACACCACGACCGUCGUCCUCAACCUCGGCCUCGGUUACUCAAUCGCAAUCGCCGUCGCCUUUCUCAUCCUCUUAUCCGCUGUCAUUCUAGCUUCCUACAUUUGCUAUCGCACCCAAAACAACAAUUCAAGAUCAUCCGAGAUCACGAUCAUCAACCACCGCCGACUUCCCUCCGCCUCCGCAGCCGCCGACAACGGCAUAAUCGUGCCAAGAAUUGUAUUCGUGGCCGACGGAGAUGACAUCAAUAAUGAGAGGAAUUCAUUUGUGGGGUUGGGUCCGGCUAUUAUUAAUUCUUAUCCGAAAUUCAUUUAUAAGGAUCGAAUGAGUAAUAAAAAUAUUGAUUCGACAUGUUCGAUUUGUUUAUGUGAGUAUAAGGAUUCGGAGAUGGUGAGGAUGUUGCCGGAUUGUCAGCAUUGUUUUCAUUUGAAUUGUGUUGAUGUGUGGUUGAAACUUAAUGGUUCUUGUCCUGUUUGUCGGAGUUCGCCGCUUCCGACGCCGAUGUCGACUCCGUUGUCGGAGGUGGUUCCUUUGUCACAGUAUGCUGGUGGUCGGAGAAAUUUUUAGAUGAUUUGGAUUUUGUUAAUUAGGUGUAGAUUUUUUUGUAUUUUUUUUUGUAGAGAGUUGACUAUUAUGUCAUGUUGGAAUCUAGUUUUUUUUAAUAGGGAAGAGUGUUUGUAUUAUUAG